AUGAGAGGUAGGUCAAAGAGGAUAAAGCUCCCCAAGCUACAGCUACAGACCUUCCGUGGAGAUUUGGAUCGAUGGCUCCCUUUCUGGGAACAAUUCUGCGAACCGGUGCACGAAAACGACGAUCUCACAAAAAGUGAGAAAUUUCUAUACCUGCGGACGCUCUUGUCUGGACCACCCGCGGCCGCUAUAGCUGGUCUGCAAGCUUCGGAGGCGUGCUACGAGGACGCUGUCAAGAUACUGACCCGUCUAUCUGGGGACCGGAAAAGGAUCACCCAGGACCACCUUGCGAAGCUCCGGACCCUCCCAGCGGUGACGUCACCAAGUGAUGUCAGAGGACUUCGACGACUAUACGAUCACACGCAGGCUCAUAUCCGUGGUCUGCGAGCUCUGGGAGUUGCCAACUCAGCGUACGCUGCUUUGCUGGUGGACAUCCUUCUCAAGGCACUACCCAGCGACAUCACACUGGAGUACUAUCGCCGAUCAGCACGUGCAACAACAGCAGCCGCUGUUCAACAGGACAGUGCAUCGGGAGAUGGUCAACGAGAAGUACAGCACGAGACCUCUACACCGAAAAGGAGUUAG